CACCCUCUCUUCUCUUCUCUCAAAUCAAUCUCGCAAAAUCUCACAAAAUUUGAUAUAAUGCAAGCUAUUCCAUACGGAUCGUGGGCGUCCGGCGCCCACUUGUCGACGACACGGGAGCAGCAUGACGUUUCGGUUUCUGCUCCGACGACGGUGGCAGCAAGCGUACAGAAACUGGUGUCGGAGAAUGCCGUUAUAGUCGUUGGGAGGCGCGGCUGCUGCAUGAGCCACGUGGUGACGAGGCUGUUACUCGGCCACGGCGUGAACCCAACUGUUUUCGACGUGGACGAGGACGACGAGGCCGCUGUUGUCGUUGAGCUACGUAAGAUGAUGACGAUCGUCGGAGAUGAGAGUGUUAUUGACAAUUGGCCGCAGUUUCCGGUGGUUUUCGUCGGCGGGAAGUUGUUUGGUGGUUUGGAGAAGGUUAUGGCGACGCAUAUUUCCGGCGAGUUAGUUCCGGUGUUAAAAGAAGCUGGAGCUCUCUGGCUUUGACUUUUGAUGAGUUACGUUUUACGGAGUGGUUUCAUUUCACCCAUUUACGUUUUGGUUCUUCUGGGUUUCUGAAUAUUGGGGUGGCUGGGUAAGCUGUUCCUUUUCCAGAAUUGAGGGAGAGAUUUGGUUUAAUUUGGAAUUCCAGGCUAUGCAAGCAGAGCUUAUUUUGGUUUUCCUAUCCUAACUUGUAUAUUCUUUGAAAGUAAUGGAGAGAAAUACUUGUUAGAUCGAAAUUAAUCACAGAUCAUGCAUCUCAUUGUCUUC